AUGUUGCACGAAAAGAUCCAGCAUGCGGCACUUGUCGCAAGAAGUGCCGCCAAUGCGACCGUACACGCACCCGUCUGUCGUAGGUGUCAAGUGAAGCGCCUCAAAUGCGAAGGCUACCCACCACGAUACGUCAAUCUGGAGGAGCCGUCUAUUCAUAAGCGUCCGCGCACUGAGAACACCAGCCUUUAUCAACAUGGGAUUUUCAUGCUUCUAGCCUCGGAAGCCUCUUCAAACACGCCCAACAAUAGCAUCGUGAUAUCACAGCCACCUUCGUCAGUGGAGGUGAGACCUCGGAAGUCGAGCUCACGUUCCUCGAAGCCGUCGUCACGCAGGAGGACACGGACUCGAGGUCAACAACCAGUCACGAACACGCGCGCCACCUCGGCGUUCAUGCAGGAAGACUGGCGAAAGAUUCAUAAAAUUCUUGAGUCGGCAGAGAAUCAGAGAUUGGUUCUCUACUUUAGAACAACAGUUUGCGCCGCCCUCGGUAUCGAAACCAGCGGAACUCCGAACCCAUAUCGAGCAUACGUUCUGCCUCUCGCACACCAAGACCUGGGGAACCUGCAUGCUGUUCUAGCACUCGCUUCGUGUCAUCAGCACCCCUCAGAAGCACAGCCCUCAACGAACAAGAUAAGCGUCGCAGCGAUGAUCGAGCACCAGCUCGCUGGGAUGCAAUCACUCAGUGCACUGCUGAUCAGAGAAGAAUUGUAUGGACUCGGUGCGGAAGAACUCGAUAUUCUUCUCGGGACGGUACUUCCUCUUUGUGCUUUGCGAUGUGAGUCUAGUAUCCUGUAUGUCGAUAACGAGCUUCUGACAGUGUCAAGGUCUGCGAGUCGGGCAUCUCCUCGCACGGCCUUCUUGAUCACCACCUUAGCUUGGCUGAACCUGCUGCGUGGCUUUAGCGGAGCCGAGAAGUUAGCCUACGACGAGGACGUGCACCGCUGUGUCCUCCAGUUCGACCACUUCAACCUGGAAAGCAUGUUCGGAUGCCCCGUGGACCUAUUCUACCGCAUCAGCAGAAUCCUCAGCUCAGCGAAGCAUUACCUAGCCGGAGCCUUAUCAUUCUACAACUUCGAACAAACCCUCGCCGAAGCGGAACGCUUCUUCCGAACCUGGGUCGCAAAAGACAGUAUAGAAACCGAUCCAGCCCCAAGCCCAAGCACCAGCCUCUUCCCACCCUCCACCCUGACUGACGAAUGGAAAGCGCUGGCCGAGGCGUAUCGGCACGCGUGUAUAAUCCGUGUGCUACGGUUUCCGGAUACGCGUCUGAUUCCGUGCGAGGACCCGACUAUUGAAGCCUCGGUGGUGGGGAUUCUCGAUGCGGCUGCGAGCAUUGCCACAGAGUCACCCUUGGUUCAAGCGGUUGCUGUUCCCGCUCUUCAUUGCAGGCGCCGAAACGUCCGUGCCGCAUCGGCAGCGGUGUGGGAGGAGAUAGCGCAACAGGUGGAUGAAUCUAAGAAUGUGCCGUGGAUGGAAUAUACAUGCUCGAUAGGUCUGGUACGGCAGCAUGAUUAUCUGUUCUUUUAG